AUGGAGGAGUCGAGCGAGAGGGUUGUUCGGUUAGAGCAACACGAUGAGAUCACGACGGGCGAUGACUUGGUUAUCCAUCCCAUCCCACAGGACCUAGCACUAGCAGUAUCGGCGAUAUAUGAUCGCAUGAUGGUAGAUGUGGAGGAGUUAUUGUUUAACCAAAUCAGAGACACCUUCCUCUCGUAUACCAGUACCCCAUCAUACUUAGGCUUCGUCGGUCUCCCCGACGAAGAAUGUCAACAACCACGGCCAGCUCUUCGUAAUGCUAGAAGGAGACGCCCUCCUCCGGCCCGCGUAUCUCGACGGUCCUCGCAGGUGUCUCCACCCGUUUAUCUCCGCCAUAGGUUUCUGCCACAGUCACGUAAAGACUCAUCUUCUAGACGCCAACGUUAA